GGACGUGCGGCACACGCUGCACUACGCCACCCUCGACAUGACCGACAGCCUCGACUGCAAGGUCGACGCCGGCGCCUUCAAUGCACCCGUCGGCGAGAACGUCUUUUGCACCAAAGACACCGAGGAGAACACCAUGUGUGACGGCGACGCCGGCGGGCCCGUCAUGUGCUACGGGUUUUUGAAUGGCAUCAUCUCUGACAUGGUACCAGUGAGAGAUGACUUCAUGCGCAAUUGUAGCUCACCGGCCAAAAGCAACUACUUCAUGUUCAUCGGCUACUACAGGAAGUGGAUCAUGGGUACCAUAGUGAACAACACUCCUACUCAGGAAGAGGAAAGCAACGAGAUACCCCACGGCCACCGCCGCCCACAAGCAGCCAGUGCGGUGCCUGCUCCCACCCCCACUCCACCUGUGGGUGGGCUCUCACUGUGCCUAUGUUCGCUGCUCUACUCCACUGUUCUCAAUAAAUGA